AUGGCGAUAUAUAUCAUUACAGAAAAGCCUGAUCAACUUUUCGCGUGUGGUAUAUGUGCCUAUGGAGUUGUUAGCAACAUUGAUCGCGCCCCGAUGGGGUAUGAAGGAGCAAAUGCUAACGCCGAAACUCAAGAAGGCCAAGGUGGCGGCCGUGGUGGUCGUGGUGGUAGAGGUGGUCAUGGCGGUCGUGGUGGCCGAGGUGAUCGUGGAGAACAUGUGGAGGUUCAAGAGCCGAAUGGAACCCUAGCUGAGCAGCUUACGGCACUAUUGCCGACUCUUGCGGCUCAAGUGGCAGCCGUACUGGGAGUUAACAUUGGAAAUGGAGGACAACGAACCAGAAAUGAAGCUGAAGUGAAAAGACAAGAAGCGGUGGUUCAAGAAGUAGAGCAAGUCAGAGAUGAGGUCGUUAUUGUUGCUGAGCGCGAAUCGAUUGUUAGGGAGAAUGGCAAUACGAGAUAUCACCAAGGAUGUACCUACAAAGAUUUCCUCAACUGCAAGGCUAUUGAUUUUGAUGGGAAGGGUGGAGCAACUGCUUAUCUCCAGUGGAUGGAGAAGAUGGAGGCUGUAAUUGUUAUAAGUCACUGCACUUAUGAUCAGAGAGUUACUUAUGUUGCUGGAUGUUUUGUGUCUGAUGCUUUGUCAUGGUGGAACAAUGAGAUCCGUGUCAGAGGAGGAAGAGAUGCAGCUUUGGCUAUGCCUUGGAAGGAGUUCAAGGAUCUGAUGCAAGCAGAGUUUUGCCCUGUCCACGAGUUACAGAAAUUGCAGACUGAGUUCCUUCAGCUUACAAUGGUUGGAGCAGACCAUGCUGGCUACACUAGUAGAUUCUACGAGUUAUCUAGAUUGAUUCCCCACCUGGUGGAUCCUGAGCCAAAAUGGAUUGAGAAGUAUAUUGCUGGGUUAGAACCACAUGUUCGUGUGCAAGUGGUGACUGCUCGACCGACCACUAUUCGAGAUGUUGUGACCAAGGCAGGAAGUCUGACUGAAGAACUAGUAAGAAGUGGUAUUCUAAGUAGGGGAGGAAGCAAGAGAAGGGAGUUGGUGGAGACGAGUAAGAGGAGGGAAUUCAGAGGAGAUAAAAGAGCAAGAGUGGGAAGAAUGUAUGGAACAACUGAGAUGGGCCAGAAGGGUUAUGUUGGCCAGCACCCUUUAUGUGGUAAGUGUAAUCUGUACCAUCUGGCGACUUCACCAUGUAAAACUUGUUUCAACUGUCAAAAGUUUGGCCAUCUUGCAAGAGAUUGUAGAGCACCACGAGUUCAAGCAGCACCACUGAAUGUUGUACCAUUGAAUGUCAUCCCACCUAAUUCCAGAAACCUUCAAGGAAACCGAGGGGCUUGUUAUGAGUGUGGGAGCACUGAUCACUACCGUAACCUAUGUCCUCGACUUAACCGUCAGCCAGCCCCAGCAGCAGCGAACCCUAACCAACUUCAGAUUGUCGGUCCACCUCCACCAAGAGCAAACCAAGGACAACAAGACAGAGGUCGGGUCUUUCCCUUAAAUGCUGUGGAAGCUGCUAAUGAUCCUAACGUUGUUACUGGUACAUUUCUUCUAAACGAUCAUGAUGCUACUAUGUUAUUCGAUUUUGGAGCCGACUAUAGUUUCGUGUCUACUAACUUUUUGUGUAACUUAAAUGUGCCAACAUGUUACUUGCAUACUUAUUAUGAGAUAGAGGUAGCUAGUGGUCAACGGGCUAGACUAGAUCGUGUAGUGCCUAAAUGUAUUCUUAUUCUUGAGGGCUAUUCGUUUUACAUUGACUUGAUUUCGUUUGGAAUGGGUAGCUUUGACGUUAUCGUUGGGAUGGAUUGGUUGUCUCGUGUUGAUGCAUCUAUUGUUUAUCGCACAAAAAUUCUUAGAAUACCUAUGAUUGAUGGGCAUGUACUAGAGAUUCAUGGUGAGCGAACCGAAACCAUCUACCGACAUCUUAUGAGUGCUACCGAAAAAGUAGUCAAGCUAGCUAAUAUUCCUAUCGUGCGUGAUUUCUCCGAUGUUUUACCCGAUGAUGUGGUGGGAUUACCCCCACCUAGACAAGUCGAGUUUCGCAUUGAUCUUGUACCUAACGCUAUGCUAGUAGCUAAGUCACCAUACCGUUUGGCUUCUUCUGAAAUGCAAGAACUAGCGACACAAUUGCAAGAAUUACAAGAUAAAGGAUUCAUCCGGCCGAGUUCUUCACCUUGGGGCGCACCGAUAUUAUUUGUCAAAGAGAAGGAUGGGUCCUUUCACAUGUGCAUUGAUUAUCGCGAGUUGAACAAACUAACGAUCAAGAAUCGAUAUCCAUUGCCGCGCAUUGACGAGCUAUUCGAUCAAUUGCAAGGCGCUAAAUACUUCUUAAAGAUUGAUCUUCGUUCGGGUUACCAUCAGCUGAGAGUACGUGAAGAGGACAUUCCAAAGACAGCUUUUAGAACGAGAUAUGGGCCUUCGAGUUUUUAG